AUGCCUCUCGAUUGGAGCGCACUAGCCCCUGGUCCAAUGGGAACGGCCAUGCUCGGCGAGAGCGGGAUCGAAGCUGCUGCUCGACGCGGACGUGAGCGUAUACGACGUGAACAAGAAGAACAAAAAGCACGAGGAAACCAACAAUACUCCGAUCCAGACACAAUUCACACGCAAUCAAAUGAAUUUCAGUCGGAAAGGAUUCGAGACGAUGUCACGCCCACAGUGACUUCCGAUCCGAGCAACUUGGUGGAUCAGGGCAUUGUAGAUAGUCGCAAAAACCGCAAAAACCGCAAUGUUUGCAAGCAAAGUGGAGGGACCAGAAGGAAGUUGAGUCAGUUUAAGAAGCACUUGACGGGGUGA